AUGGUAAUGCAAACUGGUUACGCUAUACUUGUAUGGCUUUGCGCUGGCUACUCUGGAAAUGAACACGCUCAUUGUUUACCAAGACGAAUUCACAAAUCGGGGGAUGUAGUUAUUGGGGGAAUGUUCCCCUUUCACACAGAAUUAGAACGUAUCGAUGAUAGCCUCCUGUUUGGCCCACUCAGGGAUGAUUGUCUACAUUUUAACGAGGAGGGAUACCGACUCGCAGAGGCGAUGAUGUUUGCUAUCGAUGAGGUGAACAGAAAUACAACAUUUGUACCUGGAAUAUCUUUAGGGUACGAUAUCCGUGAUAGCUGCGGUUCGGUGGCGCCGUCAGCUGAAACUGCUUUAGAUUUCAUCAGUCCUUUCAUGGAAGGUGAAGACACUGUAAAAGCAGUCGUUGGCGCGUCACGAUCAUCCGUGUCUACAGCAGUCAGUACGAUUUUUGGGAAAUAUAACAUUCCUUUCGUGAGUCACGGUUCAACGAGCACACUAUUAAGUAAAUAUCUGCGUUACAAAUCGUUCUUUAGAACCAUUCCUAGUGAUAAAUCCCAGUCCCGUGCCAUGGUUGAAAUAAUCGAGCGCUACGGUUGGGAAUGGAUAGGUACAAUUGCUACAGACGAUGAUUAUGGACGACCCGGUGUUCAACAAGUCAUUGAUGAUUUCGAAGGCAAUGGUGGAUGCGUUGCGUUUAGCGAACUUUUGCCUACACAUUCAACGCCGAAGAGAGUCACAGAGAUUGUAGACUUGAUAAGAACAAAUCCAUCAGUUAAAGUAUUGGUGACCUUCAUCCAAGCGUCGGGCAUGCGGCUCAUAUUGCAGGAAGCUGCGAGGCAGAACAUCACAGAUCGUAUAUGGAUUGCCUGUGAAACGUGGUCAGAUAACCCAGACAUCAGCAAAGAUCUUCACACGAUAUCAGAUGGAUCCAUUGGUGUGGUGUUAUCCCAGGGUAAUAUACCGCACUUUGCCGACUAUUUGAAAACUGUCACGCCAUUCAACGAAAAUCAACAAAACACCUUUUUGACUGAGCUAUGGGAGCACACAUUUCAGUGUAAGAUGCCUAAUGCACGUGUCUAUGACAUUGAAGCAGCACCAUCGCCGAAUUGCACCACCAAUAUGAUGUUCGAGGAGACGAGAGCUUUUAAACAAUCCCACUACAGAAUCACCUACAAUGUUUACUUAGCAGUGCGUGCCAUUGCUCAGGCGCUCCACAAUAUUGCAACGUGCGAACCCCAAAGUGGAUUGUUGCAAGAUGGCGGAUGUCCAAACAUUACCUUGCUAGAACCAUGGCAACUACUGAGAUACAUCAGAGAAGUUAAUUUCACAGGUACAGACGGCGUCCAUUACAAUUUUGACGACAAUGAGCAAGGGCAGGGUAGAUAUGAAAUAAAUAACUGGCAGAUAACACCCGACGAAUCGAUCCGACUCGUUCCAAUUGGUAUAUUCGAUGGCGGUGCCAGCGACGGUCAAAAGUUACAACUUGAUGAUGAGCUCAUUAAAUGGAACAGUGGAGACAUUAAGGCCCCUGAAUCGGUGUGCUCACACCCGUGUCCACUGGGAACUAGAAAAGCUAUACUUGAUGGCCAACCACACUGCUGCUUUGAGUGCGUACCAUGUGCCGAUGGCGAAAUAGCUAAUGCAACAGGGAAGCAAACUCAAAGACAUAGAAGACAACGGCAUAUCCAAUACAAGAAUUUUAGUAAAGACAUGUCAGACUUAAAAUCGAACGAAGAACGGCAAUGUUCACUAGAGGGAGAACGACAUACGACAGUGAGCGUGGUUACAAAGCCAGAUAAGAGAAUGAAAACCAUUGAAGGUGAUUGCGAUGGUCCGACACCGAGCGAAUCAAGCACUAUUGCUUCUCCUACGCAAACCGUUUCUGAAUAUGAUGGAGAAAUUAACGUAGUUUUCGAAAUAUAA